AUGGCAGUAGCUAAAGUGGCUUCGGCCAAGGCAUCCACAUCAUCCCUGCCCAACGGUACAAGCCCGUCCUCCAGAAUGACGCCCACAAAGCUGAUCAAGUCGCAACCAGCAGCUUCUGCAACGUCUACUGCGAAUGGCAUCGAUUCCAUGGCUCCACCAUCAGCGUCCUCCUCGGCAGCCGCAUCCUCUUCCAAGCUCGUGGGCAAAUAUAUGGACUCGUUGACAAAGCACAACGAUGCCUUCACCGCUCUCCUCCACCUCAUUCCACCCCAAUUCUACCUCACCCGGAAUGACGCCGACGAUCUCGCGGAAGAUGGCGUCUCGUCCAAAUAUAUGAAGAACAAGCGCAAGAAGGCCAAGUCCGAGAUCGAGGCAAAAGAGCGCAAGGAGAAGCUGCGAGAGGCAAAGAAGCAGAGACUCGACCCGGACAACUUUGCCACUGUAACCGACAUCCAAGCCGAGCGUGCUGCUGCGAAAGCGGCGCGAGAGGCAGCCGAAGCGGAUUCGGAUCUCGACUUGGAUAUCGAGGGUAUGGUGUCGGCAGACGACGAUGAUGAUGAUGACGACGACGAAGACGUCGUGGUUGGAGUUAACGGUGCUGCAGGUGACACGGACGAUGACGUGCAGGAUUCCGACGUCGAAGAUCUCCCCUCCAAGCCCAUUGCCAACGCUGCUGCCACUGUCAACGGUGUCAGCAAGCCCAUCCAGACGGAAGGCGAGCGCAAAGCCUCAAUCGAUGCAUUGCGUGCCAAGCUGCACGCCAAGAUCGCCGGUCUCCAACGCAAGCGUGGUCUCCCCACCGACACCAACGACAACGCCUCGGAAGACGGCAGCAGCGUCAUCAGCUCCAAAGAUGAGCUGCUCGAGGAGCGUCGCAAACAGCGAUUUGACGCACGCGAGCGUAAGAAGCAAGAGAAGAAGGACGCAAGAGUAGCGGCGAAAGCGGCCAUCAAAGGGAAGCGCGCUGGAGUCGACAAUGCUUCCAACGGUGCCAAGUCGAGUAACAGCUUCAACGUAGGCACCAAGGCACCGGCUCUUCUGGUCGCUGAGCCUGGCUAUGGUGACAAGCGCAACGGCGCUUCUGGUUCUGGCGCGUCCAACAUCGAUGUCAAUGGCAACUCGCUCAACUUCUCUUCCCUCAACUUCCAGCCCAUCGGUGCCGCUGGUGCCUCACUGCCCGAAUCAUCAGCUUCCGGUAAGAAGAACAGGCUGGCGCUGCCCUCGGAUCCCAAGGCGGCGCUGCAGGUGCUCGAGAGCCGAAAGAAGCAAGAGGAGGCGCGUCGUGCUAAGCUGGCCGACAAGCUGGGUGAUCCUCCCGAAACUCUCUCUGCCAAAGUUUCGGAGCUUGAAGAGCGAAAGCAGUGGGACAAAGUGUUAGCCUCGGCGUCGGGAGUCAAGAUUCGCGACGACGAGAAGCUGCUCAAGAAGGCGGUCAAGCGCAAGGACAAGCAAAAGGAGAAGUCGAGCAAGGCUUGGAACGAGCGCCAACAGGCCGAAACACAAAAGCAGGCGGAUCGUCAAAAGAAGCGCCAGGACAACAUUGCCGCGAGAAAGGCGGGUAAGGGUGGCAAGCACGGCAAUAAGAAGGGAUCAUCGUCUACCUUGUCCAAGUCCAAGACACCCUCGGGCAAGAAGCCGUCGUUCGGCAAGGCGCGCCCCGGCUUUGAAGGCAAGAAGAUUGGAAGGUCCAAGAAGUGA